AAAACGUUGAGUUGUAACCCAAGCGCAUCGAGGACAAUUUUUGUCUGUACUGUCUAAACCAAGUCUAAUUUUUUCGUUGCUCAUUUCCUCCUUGCCACUGCCAUGGCAGCAACUCCUUCAACUUGAAGCGCUUUCAACUCCCUCACUUGAAUCCAUGAAAAAACCCUAACGAAACCCCACUUUCCAUGCUUUUAGACCCCCACUUUCUCUCUAAAUAUGGGUUCUUUGCUCCAAGACCUCAACCUUGUCCCCCCAUCUCCAUCCUCAUCCUUAACCGCCGCCGCCGCCGCCGCCGCCGCAUCCACCAGCUCCACCAUCAUAGCCACCGAUGGGUCCACGACGGAGGCAGCCGCAGCUUUGUUAGUCCCAAAAGUCGAACCUAAACUUGAACCAUUUGAUGUUGAAACCCCAAUUUACCAACCACAACAACCGCAAGACCCCACCAGCAGCUCCCAGGAUCUCUUCUUUAGCAGUUCUACCCCAAAUUGUUUCUCGAAUUCCCAAUUAACGCCUCCCCUCUCCCAGUCCACCUCCUCCGAGGACGACAAUUCCAAUAAUCUCUAUUCCGAAUACAACCGAAUCUCCGAGCUCUUUCGCACAGCUUUUGCCAAACGCCUGCAGGAUCAAUAUGGCGACGUUUCAGUAGUUUCGGACCCCGAUUCCCGCGCUAUCGUCCCUGUUAAAGAAGGUGAUAACAAUGCCCUCUCAUCUGUCGUGGUUUCCCAGCGGCCGAAGUACCAGAAGCGGUCUUCUGAGCUCGUGCGUGUAACAGACCUCGGACUCGAGGACCAGAGGUAUUUUCGUGACUUGGUCCGCCGGACACGAAUGAUCUAUGAUUCCCUUCGGAUUUUAUCUGUCUUGGAGGAGGAGAAGCGACGGGGAGAACGCCUAGGACGGCGCGCGCGCGGAGAUCUCCGUGCUGCCGCUACAAUGAGGGAUUGUGGGCUUUGGCUCAAUCGGGACAAGCGGAUUGUGGGGUCCAUUCCUGGUGUUCAAAUCGGGGAUGUUUUCUUUUUUAGAAUGGAACUGUGUGUUGUUGGAUUGCACGGACAACCUCAGGCUGGAAUUGAUUAUCUUCCUGCUAGCCAGAGCUCGAAUAGGGAGCCUAUUGCUACUAGCAUUAUUGUUUCAGGUGGUUAUGAGGACGAUGAGGAUUCUGGAGAUGUGAUUAUUUACACCGGACAUGGCGGGCAGGACAGCUUGAACAAGCAAUGUGAGCACCAGAAGCUGGAAGGUGGGAAUUUGGCGAUGGAGAGGAGUAUGCAUUAUGGGAUUGAGGUAAGAGUGAUUAGAGGGAUUAAACAUGUAGGCAGUGUUAGUAGUAAGGUUUAUGUCUAUGAUGGGUUGUAUAAGAUUCUUGAUUGCUGGUUUGAUGUUGGGAAAUCAGGGUUUGGUGUUUAUAAGUAUAAGCUACUGAGGAUAGAUGGCCAACCAGAAAUGGGUAGUUCGAUCUUGAAGUUUGCGGAGACUUUGAGGACUAAGCCAUUGAGUGUGAGGCCUAGAGGGUAUUUAAGUCUUGAUAUUUCAAAUAAGAAGGAGAACAUGCCGGUUUUUUUGUUCAAUGAUAUUGAUAAUGAUCAUGAUCCUAUGUGUUAUCAGUAUCUUGAACGCACCGUGUUUCCAGUCUUUGUUAUUACUAAUGGAAGCAAUGGAACUGGAUGUGAUUGUGUUUCAGGAUGCAGUGAUGGUUGUUUUUGUGAGAGGAAGAACGGAGGUGAGUUUGCAUAUGAUGAUAAUGGGUUUUUGUUGAGGGGGAAGCCAGUGGUAUUUGAAUGUGGGGUUUCUUGCAAGUGUCCGCCAACCUGUCGAAAUAGGGUGACUCAAAGGGGACUGAGAAACAGAUUGGAAGUGUUUAGGUCAAUGGAAACUGGCUGGGGAGUUAGGUCGUUGGAUUUGAUCCAUGCUGGUGCUUUUAUAUGCGAGUAUGCAGGGGUUGUCAUCACUAGAGAGCAAGCCCAGAUUUUCACCAUGAACGGUGGUGGGUUGGUUUAUCCAAAUAGGUUUUCUGCUAAAUGGUCUGAAUGGGGGGAUUUGUCUCAGAUCUAUCCAAAUUACAUCCGUCCAUCAUAUCCUGAGAUUCCACCAUUGGAUUUUGCAAUGGAUGUGUCAAAAAUGAGGAAUGUUGCUUGUUAUAUGAGCCAUAGUUCAACUCCAAACGUGCUGGUGCAGUUUGUGUUGUAUGAUCACAAUAAUUUGAUGUUCCCUCACAUCAUGCUUUUUGCAAUGGAGAAUAUCCCACCUUUAAGGGAGCUAAGCCUUGAUUAUGGGGUGGCUGAUGAGUGGACGGGGAAGCUUGCUAUCUGCAACUGAUUAAACUUAAAGAGGAUGUGCAACUUUUUUGUGUGUUAUAUCACCGUGUUCCGAGGACAUGAUGUGCUAAGGAUAUAUUUUGUAGUUCUGGUAGUUUGCAGUAUCAACUGUGUCAGCUGUUGGGUGGGAGUCUGAAAAUGGAUCCUCCACGGUUUUGACAAACCAAUGUCUUCAAUUUUCUGGUUGUCAUCUUUUUUUUCCUUGAGAGUUGAUGUUACAGAGUACUGGAUUACAAGUAACAUCCACCUAUCACCUGUGCUGGCAUGGCCUUUCUGUGUUUUCCCCUUGAUUUCAUAUUAUUAUGGCUUCGCAGGUGGUAAAAAGGUGAAACAAGAUGUUGGAACUGACAAUUUUCUCAGCUAAAAUGUGGAGAUGCUGCCAUUACUGGCAUUUUGACUCUGGUUGACUGGAUCUCUAGGAUGAAGUCUUGUACACUAAUUCCUCGAGGCAAGUUGCAUAGGAUUUUGUAAGCUUGUUGCUUGUAUGAUGACUGAAUGAACUUAUUGUACCUUGUAUAUACAAAGUUCUAACUGUACAAGCUUGUAAAGAAAAUCUUGUUGCAUCAAAGAUAGCCAACUAAUUUAUUCUUAA